AUAAAACCAGGAGGUCAGAGGACAGCAACCCCCUCAUCCACCCUCCAUCCUGAUUUAGUCUGUCUCCCUCCAUCCUGAUUUAGUCUGUCUCCUUCUAUCCUGAUUUAGUCUGUCUCCUUCUAUCCUGAUUUAGUGGAGCUUAUAAAUUCAUCAAUGAUUUUGUCCUGUGCUUCACUUCACAUUUCAUCUCGAUGAUGGCUCACAGCUCCAUUGCGACAAGGAUGUGGGCUUUGUUCGGACUCUUCUCUUUGCUCCCCGUCUCUUCAGGGAUGAUAUACAGACUUCCAGAUGUUCCGUCUCCUCCACCUAUCGGCUCUCCAGAAGGACCCGUUCCUCGGGGACAUUCGUCACCCGGUAACUUUUUUAUGCCACCCGAUGCCUACCCAAUGCCAUCCGACAGUGAUUCCAUGACCAUGGAUGACUACACGAUGGAUUCUAGUGGCUUCCCCAUGCAACCAUUUGAUGGUGACCCAAUGGCAUGGGAGGGCCAAGCCAAGCAGUCAGGUGGCUACCCCAUGCCAAUGGACCCAAUGCCAUUUGACCCCAUGCCAAUCGAGCCUGGCCACCACACUCCACCAAGGUGGAACAUGACCAAGGACAGCCGAGCAGGUAACCUGACACUGGACGGGGCGCCGUUGGGGCCGGACACAUCCUACUGUGAGAUGCUCCUGGAGGCGCCAGUGCCUGCAUCUAUGAACGAGGUCCCCUGGUUCUGCAUGUGUACACUGUGCAAGGGCAACAACAUGGGCCCCAAAGGCGACAGGGGAGACAGGGGUCUACCAGGGCCACCUGGAAGUCCGGGGAGACGAGGCUUGACUGGGUUCAGAGGUCGACCAGGAUUUGUUGGUCGUCAGGGACCAAAAGGUCAGAAAGGAGAUGAGGGCAUGAAAGGAGAGAAGGGAGACGUGGGAUUCACUGGCAGCAAAGGAUCUCAAGGCUUCAAGGGUGAUAAGGGCGACCAAGGGUCAGAUGGCCCUCCGGGUGCACAAGGGCCUCAGGGUGACACAGGCGUCUGUCCAGCAAGCUGCGAUUCCAUCCCAGGCCCACCGGGAGAGGCGGGACUUCCCGGCAGCGUAGGGGCCAGGGGCCUUCCUGGGAUGGCGGGCCCACAGGGUCUAAAAGGACUGAAGGGGGACCCAGGUGACGCGGGGCUGCCAGGGGUCCCCGGGGCUGAGGGGCUUAAGGGAGACCAGGGGGCGAAGGGUGAGUGCAACUGCACAGACGGGGCAGACGGAGCUGAUGGACUGCCUGGUACGGCCGGGACCAAGGGUGACAAGGGCACGAUGGGUCCUCCAGGUGUCUCAGGGAGCGAUGGCAAGAAGGGGGAUAAGGGUGACAUUGGCAUGACCGGAGUGCCCGGUCCGUGCACGCCAGUCUUCCGAUCAGCUUUCUCAGCAGCUCUGAUCAGAAACUACCCACCACCUGACAUGCCGGUGGUCUUCGCCCAGGUCAUCUACAACUACCCAGGGAAUUACGACCCCACAGUGGGGAUCUACAUAGCUCCCACAAAUGGCACCUAUGUCUUCAGCUACAACCUGCAGGUCUUUGGCAAAGUGCUGAAGGUCGGUCUCUUCCAUAACUUCCGGCCUAUUGUGAAGUCCACCGAACCCACUGACUUGGGCACUGCCGCUCAGCAGGUGAUGCUACACCUGACUUCGGGAGAUAUGGUGUGGCUGCAAGUCAAGGACAUAAACACCAAUGGCAUGUACUCAAGCUCAGAGUCCAGCAGCACCUUCUCCGGCUUCCUGCUCUAUCCCGAUUCAUGCGAGCUGCCACUCUUCAGAGAGUUUAUGCCACUAAUCAAAGGGACCUACUCAUGGGGAGAGUUGGAAGUCCCGACCACCCCUAUGCCCACCCCAAUCCCCUAGACACACAACCAAACAUCACCAUCAUAUACCAGCCUGUACAAUGCCAUGUAGAAAUACAAGCAGACCUGACCAAAUAAUAUGUUGUUAGACUGCUCAGAUAAAUAAUAUUAUUUUACAGGCCAUUUAAAGGUGUGUUAAAAAUCACCACAAAUCUCAUUACAAUUAGAUAAUUGUCAUAUAAAUAUCUUACAUUUGUUUCAUGCAAUUAAUGUGAUAUGCUUCAACUGAACAUGAAAAACAGAACUGCACAGUUCACCACACAACACAACAUCACACAACACCAGUCCACUCCACAGCACCUGCAAACUGACAACCCAGCACAUCAACUCUAUAGGCUUCUGUCUACUGACUGAUCUACAAUUUGAUACCUGUGUAGACCUUACAUCUUAGACCAAAAAUCCAGAUCCACUCUUUUAAUAAAUAAGUGCAUUACAGAGAGGCUUACAAUAGAAGGGCAUUUUACUACCCUUGUGUUGAUUAGUGGAGUUUGGCUACCCAUAGCACCUAGCAGUGCUGUUCCAAAUGAAGCAGAAUGUGUUUGAUUUGGACAUGCUAUGUAUAAUCCUCUGAGUGACCUCUUACUCCAGUAAUGUCCUUUCAGAACUGAGGGUGGUAGAAUUGUGUUCUUAAUGUAGAACAUAAUGUGUAAUGUAUCACAACAGUACAUUAAAGCAGUAAGUUGCAGUUGUGAUAUCGUGAAGAAAUUGGAAAGGAAAGUUUGGCUUUCACUUUGAAGUUUGGUCAAAUUAAAUAUUAGAAUGCAAGUUUAAAUACAUGAGAAAAUUUGCAGUGUACAGUCUGGAGGAAGUGGAAGAGGAAGUCUGUGUGGAAAGUGAGAAUGAAAGAAACAAAUGAAAUUGAAAUGUACUGUACAGUAGUUUCUUUUGUUUUGUUUUACUAUUGUGCCAUUGUGUAUAGAG